AUGAACAAAACUUUAUUUGUUAUGUUGAUUCUAAUAAAAAAUUGUUUUUGCUACGACUAUCCAAAGCCGGAGAUAAAGUUCGAUUGUGAAGACACACCUCCAAACCUCGUAAAACAUAAGGUUGCUCGUGGAGUAUUUUUCUACACCUACGAUGACAAUUACGAAGGCAAAGAAGUUGAAAUGCAUGAAUUGGAUCCAAAGACAUUUAACAAACUUAUUUUAUCGAAGGACUACGUAAAAACACCAGCAGCACUUAAAAGCACAUUUGAUCUUCUUGCCUUUUUUGAUGGUCAAUGUGAAACAUCAAUAAAAUGUGAACGAAUUCAACAAGAAUGUCUUAAAAUCUCACCAUGUAGUAAAAGUUCAACAACUACCAAGCUUUCAACAACAACAACAACAACCAAACCACCAACUGCAAGCAAAGCUCCAACAACCACAACAAUAGCUCCCGAGCCACCAAGCAAUGAAAUUGAGCAGAAAAUUUCAAAAAUUUUCUUAGAUGGUGCUCCACAGUUAACUAAGCUACAACUUGAUGAGAUCAUGACUGCACUUAAGAAAAUGGGCAAAUAUUCACAAAACUGGACAGCAUCUCAAAAUUAUGAAAUCACGACUCGAAGCUCUCUCAUUAAUCAGAGAGAAAUGCUGAAGCAAAACACAUCUGCUAAUGCAGUUAUAAAAUUUUCAGAUGAAAUUAAACAGCACAUAAUUAAUUAUACAAAAGAGUUUGAUCCUGAUAUGAGUUUGGAAGAUAUUCUGGGGAUGAUUAGUGUUGUUGAAGAAAUUGGAACUGCCACUAUGAGAUACUUAACUGUUGACCAGUUCAUAGCUUUGAAUAGUAAAGUUGUCUCUCAGCUAGUUAAUGUUGAAGAUGUAUUUGGGACAACAAGUAAGGCGCCUAAAAUAACUAAGAGACCAAAAAUCUCAGCAACCACAACAACUACAACAACCAAAAGUCCAACAACUUUAACAGUCGCAACAACUACGCAAAAACCAGCAUUAACAACCAAGACAUACAUACCUCCACCUGGAAGUUCCAGGAAGCCAUAUACUCAUUGGGCUGGAACUUAUCGACAGUAUUCAGGAUAUUAUUCAUUUGGAUACACAUGGAAGCCAUUUACUGGAGGAUAUUCAUGGAGAUCAAGGCGGUAUACAUCAGGAACAACGACAACAACUAAAAGAUACAAGCAGAGAAGUGUUAUUAAGCAAUUUAAUCCUAUUAUAAAUACAGAAUGA